GGGGGGGUCAGGGGGCUCCAGAGUCAGCCUCAGAGGAGUGUCCGGAGCUAGGCAGCAAGGACCAGAGGAAGGUGGACAGAGACUGAGAGGACUAAGCAGAGACACAGAGGAAAAAAAGGGACAGACCCCAAAGGGACAGACCCCAAUAUUCAUCCAUCCAGUCGCAGAGGCAGCUGGAGCUGCUGCUGUAGGAGAAGCUCUGCUGCCUGUCCGUCCCCAUGGGCCACCGUAGGCCAUGGCUGCACACUUCUGUCCUCUGGGCUGCAGUGGCCAGCCUGCUCCUCCCCCCGGCCAUGACCCAGCAGCUGAGAGGGGCCGGGCUGGGCUUCAGCAACCGGAACAACAACGCUGGAGCCGCUGGGCCCUCCCAGGAGUCACCGGCAGAGCUUGGCCGCCCCCUCCGCAGCCCAAGAGACCAUCCAGGCGAGAACGAGGAUGUCUCCAUGGAGAAGGGGCAUCACUUCUGGGGUCAUCCAGAUGGUGAAGACGAGGAUGAGGAUGUCCCCAAGGAAUAUGGCCACGCCGCAGGCCACAGGUCCCAAGACCAAGAGGUCAGAGACGAGGAUGUCCCAGGUAAGGAGGUCUUCGCAGAGCAUGGUGAGCAGGCCCGUGGGCACAGAGGCCAUGAGAGUGAAGACAUGGAAGACUCAGCGGAGCACACGCAUCACACCCCCAGCCACAGGCGCCACAGCCACCAAGACGAGGAUGAGGACGAACUUGUGUCCCAUGAGCCUCACCAUCAUAUCCUCAGGCAUGGACAUGGAGGCCACGAUGGCGAAGAUGAUGAAGGAGAAGAGGAGGAAGAGGAGGAGGAGGAAGAGGAGGAGGAAGACGAGGACUCUACUGAGUACAGGCAUCAGGCUCACAGGCACCGAAGCCACGGGAGUGAAGAGGAUGAGGAUGUCUCAGAUGGACACCACCACCAUAGCCACAGGCACCGAGGCCACAAAGAUGACAAUGACGAUGAUGAUGAUGAUGUCUCCACUGAGUAUAGACACCAGGCUCACAGGCACCAAGGCCACGGGAGUGAAGAGGAUGAGUAUAUCUCAGAUGGACACCACCAUCACGGCCCCAGCCACAGGCACCGAGGCCAUGAAGAAGAUGACAAUGACGACGACGAUGAUGUCUCCAUUGAGUAUAGACACCAGGCCCACAGGCACCAAGGCCACAGGAGUGAAGAGGAUGAGAAUAUUUCAGAUGGACACCACCAUCAUGGCCCCAGCCACAGGCACCGAGGCCACAAAGAUGACAAUGAUGACGAUGAUGUCUUCACUGAGUAUAGACACCAGGCCCACAGGCACCAAGGCCACGGGAGUGAAGAGAAUGAGAAUAUCUCAGAUGGACACCACCAUCAUGGCUCCAGCCACAGGCACCGAGGCCACGAAGAAGAAGAAGAAGAUGAUGAUGAUGAUGAUGAUGAUGAUAAUGACGUCUCCACUGAGCAUGGACACCAGGCCCACAGGCCCCGAGGCCACAGAAAGGAAGAGGAUGAGGCUGUGUCAGGCGAACACCACCAUCAUGUCCCUGACCAUGAGCACCUAGGCCACAGAGAUGAGGAAGAAGAUGAGGAUAUGUUCACUGAACAUUGGCGCCAGGGCCCCCAACAUGUCCUCCAUGGCCUUGCAGAUGAGGAGGAAGAAGAGGAGAUCACAGUCCAGUUCAGCCACCAUGUUGCAAGCCACCAACCUGAAGGCCACGAGAAUGGUGAGGACGACGCCCCGGAGGAGUAUAAAACAGAAGUCCCUCACCAUCACCACCACAGGGUCCCCAGGGAAGAUGAGGACAGCUCUGCUGAGCUUGGCCACCAGGCCCCCAGCCACAGGCAAAACCACCAAGAUGAAGAAACUGGCCACAGUCAAGCAGAGUCCAUUGAAGAGAUGAGCCAUCAUCCCCCAGGACACACAGCAGUCAAGGAUGGAAACCAUGUGAGGGAGGAUGAUUCUGAGGAGGAAAAGGAGAAAGAGGACCCCGGCUCCCAUGAGGAAGGUGAUGAAAACUCAGAGCAGGAGGAGGAAGGCACCCACCAUGGCAGCCAGGACCAGGAAGAUGAGGAGGAUGAGGAAGGCCAUGACCUCCACCUGAACCAGGAGGAGGAAGAAGAGGAGGAGGAGGAGGAGGAGAGGGAAGAGAGGGCUGAGGUUGGGGCCCCCCAAAGCCAAGACCACAAGGAGGAGGAAGAAGGGAAGGAGGAGGGGCUGGAGGAAGAUGAGCUCCCCUUCACCAUCAUCCCCAACCCGCUGGAGGGGAGAGAGGAGGACGGAGGUGCCUCCAGUGAGGAGGAAAGCGGUGAGGACACAGGUCCACAGGAUGCUCAGGAGUACGGGAACUACCAGCCAGGGUCCCUGUGUGGCUACUGCUCCUUCUGCAAUCGAUGCACGGAAUGCGAGAGCUGUCACUGUGAUGAGGAGAGCAUGGGUGAGCACUGCGACCAGUGCCAGCACUGUCAGUUCUGUUAUCUCUGCCCGCUGGUCUGCGAAACGGUCUGCACUCCAGGAAGCUACGUCGACUAUUUCUCCUCCUCCCUCUAUCAGGCCCUGGCGGACAUGCUGGAAACACCGGAACCCUGACCCAGCUGCGCGGCUGCUUGUUUUCCAACCCCUUUCCACGAGCCAUAUUUAUUUCUCUGAAUAAACGUGCUCCCCGAAA